AUGAAAGAAAGUGAAGAUAUAAUUAUAAAUAAUCAAAAUAGGUGUACACUUCAUCCAAAUAAAAAUUUAGAAUUUUUAUGUUUGGAUUGUAAAUUUAUGCCAUGUUGCAGUCUUUGUACGUCUCGUAAAGGUGAACAUCAUGGUCAUAAAACUGAUUCAUUAGAAUCAUCAGCAUCAAAUAUUCAUUCAUUAAUUAAUGAAUUUAAAGAUAAUAUCUAUCCAAAAUUAAUUGAAAGAAAAGAAAAUGAUCAAAUAUUAUUAAAAGAAUCAAAUGAAACUUUCAAAGAAAUUCAAUCACAAAAUGAUAAUAAUAAUAAUUUAUUGAAAAAUGAAUUUAAAAAAAUUCACAAUAUACUUUCAUUUGUUGAAUUGGAUAUCGAAAAACAACUAUCAACAAACUUAAAUCAAAAUAUAUUGAUAAAUACAAUUAUAACUUCUUCAAUCGACAAUGAUAAUAAAAUCAUUUCAACAAUUUUAAAUAAUAAUAAUAAUUCAAUUAUUGAUAAAUUAAAUUAUUUUACACAAAUUAAUAAUCAACAAGAUAAUGACGACAAUGAUAAUUACUAUCAAAUUGAUACAGAUACUAUUGAAUUAAUUAAACAAUAUCAAAACUCAUUAUUAAUAUUAAAUAAUAGCAAUAAUAUCAAUAAUUUAACAAAACUAAAAGAAUAUAAUAAUCAAAUCUUAAAAUUCGAUAAUCAAACAAUUAAUAAUAUUAAAAAUAGUUUUAAAUCGAUAUACUCUUUUGGUGAUAUUCCUAAUGAUGCUAUAGAUUAUAACAUUAAUAAUAAUAAUAAUAAUAAUAAUAAUAAUAAUAAUAAUAAUAAUAAUAAUAAUAAUAAUAAUAAUAAUAAUAAUAAUAAUAAUAAUAAUAAUAAUGAGUUAAAUAACUCAAAUAAUAAAAAUGAAUUCAUUAAAAAGAGUGAUGAAUCAUCCUUUUUGACUGAUGAUUUUGAAAGUUUAGCAUUCAAAGACAAUUGUAACAUUUUAUCAAAACUAAAGAAAUUACCAAACAACGUUUUGCUUCUAAGUGGAUUCAAUCAAAAAUUAACUAAAGGUAUAAUACCAGAAGGUGUUAAAGAGUUGUAUAUAGGAGAUAUAAAACAAGAUUUAAUAAUUGAUUCAAUUCCUAAUACUGUAACAACUGUUAAUUUAUUAUAUGGAUUCAAUCAAAAAUUAACCAAAGGCAUAAUACCAAAAGGUGUUAAAGAGUUACGUUUAUGUAAUAUAAAACAAGAAUUAAUUAUUGAUUCAAUUCCUAAUACUGUAACAACUGUUACUUUUUUUGAAGGAUUCAAUCAAAAAUUAACCAAAGGUAUAAUAUCAGAAGGGGUUAAAGUGUUGCGUUUGGGUGAUAUAAAACAAGAAUUAAUAAUCGAUUCAAUUCCUAAUACUGUAACAAUUGUUGCUUUAUGUAAUGGAUUCAAUCAAAAAUUAACCAAAGGUAUAAUACCAGAAGGUGUUAAUGAGUUACGUUUAUGUAAUAUAAAACAAGAAUUAAUUAUUGAUUCAAUUCCUAAUACUGUAACAACUGUUGCUUUAUGUAAUGGAUUCAAUGAAAAAUUAACCAAAGGUAUAAUACCAGAAUGUGUUAAUGAGUUACGUUUAUAUAAUAUAAAACAAGAAUUAAUUAUUGAUUCAAUUCCUAAUACUGUAACAACUGUUAGGUUAUGUGGUGGAUUCAAUCAAAAAUUAACCAAAGGUAUAAUACCAGAAAGUGUUAAAGAGUUACAUAUAGGUAUAAUACCAGAAUGGGUUAAAGAGUUACAUAUAGGUGAUAUAAAACAAGAAUUAAUUAUUGAUUCAAUUCCUAAUACAUUAAAUAAUGUCUAUAUUUAUAAAAGUUGUAAAAAAUUAAUUGAUUCUUUCGUCCCUGUAAAAGUCAAAAUAGUAAACAUUUAA